CUAUUGGACACCCCCACCAAAGAGGACCUGGUGUGGGUAGCUACCCACCUGGCCUCUGAAGGAGGUUGCAUCUAAAGAGGAGGACUGGAUGAAGAGCUUGGAAGAUGGGCUGGCUGAUGGAGGAGGAGGUAGCCCUUGAGAUGCCCUGCUUCCAGGCCUCACGAUCAAAAGCAGGAUUUUUUGUUGUGUGCUAGUGUGUGUGUGUGUGUGUGUGUGUGUGUGUGUUUUGAAUAAUCUAAGUAACUGUAAAUACUAAGCACCGUUUUGAACAUGCAUAUGGAUGUACUGGUGCGCGAUCUGCCCGGAGCGCUCGUUCUCCCGUGCUGGUUCCGUUUGUUUUCAGCAAGGCGUCUCCCCAGAAGACAUUCCUGUGGAUUGUGCCCACGCUGUUUAAGGCUGUGCGCUUGCUUGCAUUCAAAUGGCCAUCCUUGAAAAUAACUCCUUUGUGUCUGUACCUAGUAUGCUGCAUGAUGGGGGAGGAAAUAUUAAACCCAGCUCCCCCAAAGGUAGGUCUGCAAUCGAGCAUCGCCGCCGCCUCCUUCCCGGUAUGGAAUCUUCACUUGUGGUGCAUCUUGUGGCUGAGUUUCCUGACCAAAAAGCCGUGCAGAUUGUAAUCGUGAUGAAGCAAAUCCCAAGGUCACCCAGGCAGGCUUGGCAGGCAUCGUUUGCAGUUCGUUCCUGCUGGGAAAUCUGCCUUUGUGGGCUCCCUGAUUGAUUUCCUCUCUCCCCCCUCCCCCCUCCUUGUCCUGAAAGAGCUUUUGCAUCUGGCACUGUGAAUAGCCUGCAGUCUUCGAAAAUGCUGUUUGGAAUUCUUGGGCAGCAAAUGCGGCCUACGCCUUCUCAGCCAAACAAUACCCGCUCAGAAGGUACUUUUAUUGACUGAGUGCUGCAGACAUGUGGAGUAAGCCUUGCCAGUCGCCCUGGCUCAUGGCCUGCCCUUUCAACUGAAAUGCAUUGGAGGUUACUUUGGGGCCUGAUUGGAUGCUGCCUCCAGAAAGGGGACUGCCUGGCCAAACUAUCGACGAGCUCCACUCCAUAACCGUUGGAGCUGCUUGCUUCAAGCAUCCCUGAAGGGGCACCUGCAGUACUGGGUCUUUGCACAGGAAUUUAACAACAAACUAACUGCCACUGGCCAGACCACAGCCCUCUGUUGAGCAUCAUGGUGGCCUAUCCAGGAACGGAGCUGUGCACACUUGAAGAUGCUUGUGAGAACUUUUCCUCUAGCAACUGUACUUCUGGAUGUUCUGUUCCUUUCAAAGAGGAUGUGCCGGGAUUUCUCUUUGGAACAGUCUGCUUAGGCAAGGCACAUUCUACUCUAAAACGUGGCCUAGGAAUAAUUUUAGGGUAGAGUUUAGAUAAAUUAUGAAGCUUAGAGCAAGUAAAUUAUGACUUUGGGGGGGUAUAAUUAAUGUUAAGUUAAAGUUUAAAGUUUUUGAACAGUGGCAGCGUCACAGUCUUCAGAGCACAAAAAUGAUCAAAAAUCCACCGCUUGUUAAAUACUGUAGUUUUCUGUGAGAUCAGACCAAAGGUCCACUCUAGUCCAUCACAUUAUUUCUGCCAGUGGUCAGCCCAGUGCCUCUGGAGGAUCUCAUGUGCAUGUGCAGAGUGUUAGGGCAGCAGUCCUUCCCUGCUCAUUUCUGUCACAUGACCAGCAGUCAUGUGCAGCCUUUUCACUGAUUAAUCCAGUUUUAAGGCCAUCUGCUAGUGACCACCAGUGUUUCUUGUAUUGUGAAUUUCCAACGUGAAUGAUGUCCAGGUGGAAAUGUAGAGGCCGGCAGGUGUUCAAUUUCUUCCUUCAUCCAGGGUAGAUAAGGCGUCGCUCUGGGACCGGUCAUUGAAACUGGCUGUAGUCCAGGCAAAAUGACUGAAGGAGAUCCACUGACAAUCGAAACGGGCAAGCGGACGGUGGCAGAGGAGUGGCUCUGUGUGAUCUUCCUUUAGCGACCCGCCUCUCCGUAGUUGAUCUGAAGUGAAAAUGGAGAUGUCAUGGAUCAACCAUAUGGGGCUUUCUCCUUCAAAAGUGCCCAUUCAGGGGAACUAAGGCUGUGAUAUGAACUACAGCAUUAGCAGGAGUGAGAAGCUGCCCGUCGUAGCCCAUCCAGGAGCCACAUUCUUGGAUGGUUGGACGAGGAGGACCAGUUCUGGCUUUGGAACUGGCACAGAAAUAAGGCCACAGGAACACAGAUGACGUCCUUUCUUUGCAAGAGAAGUGCUGAGAACCUGUGGGACAGCAAUAUUCAUCAUUACUUCACCGUAUCUUGCUAGAUGGCCCCAGUCUCUCUGGACGAAAGACCGAAGCAACAGCAAGCUGUUUGUAUACCUAGAGUUCUCCCAGUAGUUUCUUUGGCCAGUUCAAAGGUUCUGUUGUCCAAUUCUGAGCUCUGGCGAUUCCAUUCCAAUGUGUUAAUUUCCUCUCGCAGUUCCAGUUUGAUACGCCUUUCCUUGCUCUCUGCUUUUUGCUGAGAAGCAGCUAUUGCAUUCUGUCCUGGGCCGGCAGCUUCCCUCCAAAGAAACAGGAGUAGAAGUGUGUCUUUCAUAUUCUCCUGUGCUCCUGGAAUAGAUCGUGCACAAGAAAGGAAAGAGUUCUGAUGGUGCUUAAGGUAUCUGCUCCUUUAGACCCUCUCCCAGCCUUCAUGGGCACAGGUCUCCAGGUUGCCUUAUUCUGGAAUGGCCAGUGCUGCUUCAUGGAUUGACUCCGAAUCGGAGAGACCCCAACAGAUCCCAGUUGCUGUGCUGGGAUCUCCAGAGUGCUUGGAUUAGCGCCAAUGCCACCGUGUGCCGCACUUGUGUCUUGAGGCUGGUUUCCUGACAGGACAUGCUUUCUUCAGUGGAACGAUGAUAAAGGAGCUGCCAUUCAAGGCAGCCAACAAUAACAAAGCCAAGAUGAAAACAAAAGCUUGAGCGAAAGCUUUUUUAUGGUGAAAGGUGCUGCGUUAUUCCUCCAGCAAGGAAACAGCCCACAAGGUCCACGGAGCCUCCCUCAUCCUCACAAACACGCAGGUGAUUUGCCGCAGCACCUCCAGGUGAUGAUCAACCUCCUUCGCUGUGAGGACAGAAUCAAACUGGCCGUGCGUUUAGAAAGCGCCUGGACAGACCGAGUCAGGUACAUGGUGGUGGUCUACAGCACCGGACGCCAAGAUACGGAGGAAAACAUUCUACUGGGAGUGGACUUCUCCAGCAAGGAGAGCAAAAGCUGCACGAUCGGGAUGGUUCUGCGUCUGUGGAGUGACACGAAGAUUCAUCUGGAUGGUGACGGCGGAUUCAGCGUCAGCACUGCGGGGAAAAUUCACAUCUUCAAGCCCGUGUCGGUACAAGCGAUGUGGUCCGCCCUGCAGAUCCUGCACAAGGCCUGCGAGGUGGCGCGGAGGCACAACUACUUCCCCAGCGGGAUGGCGCUGGUCUGGGCCACGUACUACGAGAGCUGCAUCGCCUCCGACCAGAGCUGCAUCAACGAGUGGAGCGCCAUGCAGGACCUGGAGUCCACGCGCCCCGACUCGCCGGCUCUAUACGUGGACAAGCCAACCGAGAGGGAGCGGGCGGAGCUGCUCAUCAAGGCCAAGCUCAGGAGCAUCAUGAUGAGCAAGGACCUGGAGAAUGUCACCUCCAAAGAAAUCCGGAAUGAGCUGGAGAAGCACAUGAGCUGCAACCUGAAGGAGUUCAAAGAGUUCAUCGACAAUGAGAUGCUGCUGAUCCUGGGGCAGAUGGACAAACCCUCCCUCAUUUUUGACCACCUGUACCUGGGGUCUGAGUGGAACGCCUCCAACCUGGAGGAGCUCCGGGUUUCUGGUGUUGACUACAUCUUAAACGUGACCAGGGAGAUAGACAAUUUUUUCCCUGGCAUGUUUGCAUACCACAACAUACGGGUUUACGACGAAGAGACAACGGACCUCCUGGCCCACUGGAACGAGGCCUACCACUUCAUCAACAAAGCCAAGAAAAACCACUCCAAGUGCUUGGUGCACUGCAAGAUGGGCGUGAGCCGCUCGGCAUCGACGGUCAUCGCUUACGCCAUGAAGGAGUUUGGCUGGUCCUUGGAGAAGGCCUACAACUACGUGAGGCAGAAGCGCAGCAUCGCACGGCCCAACGCUGGCUUCAUGGGGCAGCUGCUGGAAUACCAGGGCAUCCUGGACGCCAGCAAGCAGCGUCACAACAAGCUCUGGAAACAGCAGUCGGAAGACAGCCUGCCCCCAAACUCGGACGGCUCAGGCGGGCCAAACGCAUACCUGCUGGACUGCCUGGAGGUUGACCCGGACCCUCCCGGCCACUCCUCCUGCGCAGACCUCCGAGCGAACCAGGAGGCCGUGGGCUUCCAUUACUGCUUCCGGCGGCUCUCUGACUCCUUGCCUGGCAGCAGGGAAUCGUUUUUCCAGGUGGAAGACCUGGAGAGGGACGUGCUUCUGGAGGAGGCCGAGGCCGAGGCCGCGGUGGCGGCAGACCUGCCUUUCCUGGAGUUCUCGGACAAGCCAGAAGGGGAAGCGCUGAAAGGCAAGGAGAAGAUGGAGAACUCCGGCCUUGGCGAGAAGAGCGCCAAGAGGAAGCCCGAGGGCGGCUGCCUGAAGGAUGGCGCUGUGCCCAGGCCCGCGGGCCCGGGGGGAGGAAGCCCCAGGGAAGAGAAGCCCACGGAGCGGUGGAAGCGGCGCUCGUCGGUGCAGCAGGAGGCGAGCGGGCAGAACUGCGAGAACCUGAACAACAACAACAGCAAGCGGAGCUGCCCCGAGGACUUCGAGCACGACGCCAUCUUUGGGAUCCUCAACAAGGUGAAGCCUUCUUACCAGUCCUGCGCUGACUGCAUGUAUUCUUCCGGGGGCGCUCCCGCCGAGGCCUUUGGGGAACCCUGUGAGAACCUGCCCCUGGCCUCUCCACGCCCCAGUUCCACGGUCUGCACCCAGCCCGCGUUCCUCUCGCACGGGGCUUCAGCAUUUUUGGAGCAGGCCUUCGGCGAGGCUCCCCUGAAGGGAAUCCCUGGCGCCAAAACCAGCAGCCUGCCCUCCGUGCUGGCGGGGAGCGAUGCGCAGAGUGUCGACACCAGUCGGCCUGCAGCCGGCUGGGCCUGUGCUGCAGCCGAGAAGCCCAGGGACGGGCCAAGAGCACCCCUCGGGGCUUUGCUGCGCCCGCGGAGUCCUCUCUGUGAGAGGAGCGCCAUCCUGAACGACGGGCUGAAGGAAGACGCCGCGCCGAGAAGAGAUGCCCGCCAGACCAAGGACCUGAAAUACUUGCUCUUUAGUAAAGAUCUCGAGAAGCCAACCACCAACAGCUACCUGAUGCAGCAUCAGGAGUCCCUCCUCCAGCUCCAGAAGGCAGGCCUGGUUCGGAAGCAUACGAAGGAGCUCGAGCGGCUCAGGGGCCUGCCCGGCGAAGCAGCGCUGCAGGCGAAGGAGGGCUCCGGGGAGCCACCCGAGAUGACUAUUUUUGAGGAGCCCCAAGAGCUGGAAGGCCCUCCGGGUCAGCUGCCCCUUCUCGGCCAUUCCCCUUCGGUGCCCGAGAAGGCCCAGAACGACCGUGGGAAGCGGCAGAAAGCCCCUCCCGUAGGCGGCACGCCCCAGAAAACCUCCACGCCCGUCCUGGGCAAGGUGGAGCACACGAGCAGCUUCAGCAAGGACUUCCUCAAGACCAUCUGCUACACGCCGCCGUCGUCGAGGAGCUCGAACCUGACCCGCAGCUCCAGCAGCGACAGCAUCCACAGCGUCCGCGGGAAGCCUGGCCUGGUCAAGCAGCGGACCCAGGAGAUUGAAACACGGCUGCGGCUCGCCGGCUUGACUGUCUCAUCGCCCCUGAAGCGCUCCAACUCCCUCGCCAAGCUGGCCAGCCUCAAUCUUUCCUCGGAGGACCUGAGCAGCGACGCGGACGCGUCCGUGCUGACUGACUUGCGGGAAGCCAGGUCGAGCGAGGCUUCGGCGCACGGCGACCUCCGUCCCUCUCCAAAGAACACUGACGCGAGCCCCAGCCCACUGGCAAAAUCCUCUCGGGGAAGACUGAAAAGCACGCCCUGGACGGGGAAAAGUUGACAUAUUUGCAAUCUUUUUAAAAAGCUAGUUUUAUUUUUGUCUGUACUAAAUGCAAUUUUAUCCUCUUUUAAAAAAGAGAAUGUUCGCUCCCUCUUUCCAUGUGGUGCUUUAAGCUGAAGGGUGGAAAGGGGAGAUUCUGACAAGGGCAACCAGCCCAGGAAGAAAGCACUUACGAGCCUUCCGGCUUGGAAGGCCACUGCUUCCGUAAUACGGCCUCCUAUUUUCCCCGGAGUGGUACGGUGGCGGCUCCUCCUCUCCCCCGCCGAAAAACCUUGUUCGAAAGAAUUGCCGAGAUUUUCUCCACGGCUCAAGCCAAGCACAGUUCCUAAUUCAAAGAGGCCCUUGCCGGAAGAGCCUGCGAGGGCGAUGCAGGCACGCUACCUCCAUUUGUGUAUUUCUGUCUCCCUGUAUGUAUAGCUGAGAUUUUAGGAAAUCUUCCUCUGAAAUGGCUUUUUUUGCAGGCGUGGUGCAGGCACGCUUGGGGAUACCUGUGUGUCCCGGGGCUCCAUCUCGAAGCGCCGAGAAAUGCUUGAGCGAGAGCCGAGUGGCCCCCGUGCUGCGGUGCCACGCAGGCGGCACGCUUCCCUGCCUUGGCUCACGAGAGGGCGGUCGCUCGGCUCGGCUGGGCUGGCCCUUUCGCAGGUGUGCUUUGUAGCCGUGCCAGUGAGGCCGAGAGGAUGGUGACCAGGAGACCUUGUCGCAGGUACAUGAACCUGGAUGACGCUGAUAGCUGGCGAGCCGCUCUUCUCACACUGCGUGGGAAGUCAGGUGUCGGUGGAAAGCUCCUUUUGCGGGUGGAGACGGCCGUUGCUGCUGCCCUACCUGAGACAUCGGUGGGGUUGCUGCAGGCCGGGUUCUUUCCCUUUAGUUUGAAAUUGUGUGACAUCCUAGGUGGGCUCCCCUCAGGUUGGGCCACCUCAGGACAGUCGGUUGUCUGGGCUAGCCUCCAGGCGGCGGCUCAGGGACCGAUGCCCGGCGCUGCUCCCCCAGCCCAGUCUGGCGCUCCUCUUUCCCUGCUUUGAGUGCCUGCUUGUCAUGGAAAAGGGCUGGGAGGAAAGCACAGGACAGGCCGUGGCUUUCUGGGCGUGUGGCGAACCUUUCGUACCGGGGGCACAAGUCGCCUGGAGCGCUUCUCGGGCUUGUCGGAGUCGGCUGUUGCUGCAGGCGUUGCUGAUAGAGGCAGAGUGUCCUGCAGAUCAGAGACAAGGUCCGAGCUGGUUUCUGAGCACUGCUGAGUGGGCCCCAUGGAUGGCAUGUGCUGUUGCGCCGGGCCGCCUCCAUGUGAUCUGGAAGCGCGCGUCACAUCGCUCCUGCUCCCAUGCUGAAGCUCCCUGGAUCGCCCCCGGCUCAGCUAGGAUGAGGCUGUCAGAGGAGAGAGCGCGCCUUUCCCAGGGAGAUCUUGGCACCCCUUUCCUUGCAAGCAAACCUCGUGCCCAGAGGUCGUUGUUCAGGCCAGGCUUGAGUGCCGAGGAGGGGCUGGAGCACCUCUGACCUCACUCGGUGCUAGUUCUGCAGCAUGACCGGAAGCACCAGGUUCCCAGCCUGCCUGCUGAAGUGCCGCUCGUGAGCCAGGUGGAGUCUUCUGGGGAAGCAGCCCUGGCCCUGCCCGCAGAGUCUCAAGCUGCGGGGCGCUCCCUUUCCAAACUUGCGCCCACAUCCGUUGUUCACUGCAGCCCCAUCGCCCUGGCCAGUGGUCAGGAUGGGUGGGAGCUGUCGCCCAAACAACAGGUGGGGGACCCGGCCUUGGUCACGCUGGGGAGUGUGGUUCAGGCCUGCACGACCACUGCGGACAUUGGUGGCCAUUUUAGAUUCCCUGGGACGCCGGUAUCUCCGUACCUUUUGAAGUCAACAGUUCUGCGUUCGUUCAUAUUGGCCGGUCGGUUAGAGUUCUUCUUUGGCCUGGUAACAUGGCAGAAAUCUCUGUUGCUGGCUUAGGUGCGCCUCAGUCAGAGUCUCUGCUUGGUCAAGACAUCCUGCUUUUUAUCCAGAGAAAGCAGGGUGUGGGGGGCCCUGAUCUCCAGGCUCCUUUUCCUUUGGUGUGAGUGUGGCAUGAAGGCAAAGCCGGGGGGCAAAAUGGUGAGCCAGGCAAAAAGAUGCACGGUGACGAUAACUUGCUGUUGAUAAAUCAUUGAAUGUUUAUUUCCCAUUCAAGUACAAAACAGAUGGCGGAUUGUGUCCAUCUGUGGUUCUGUUUAAUGUCAGAUAUAAAUGUGAAUAUUCCCUUAUACAGGGAAAAAGGAUUCUUCUUUGGGUCUCUUUGGUCUGUAUAGGGGAGGCAUGCAAAACCCUUUUUGAAAAAAGCCAUAAUACUCGAGGCCAAAUGUCUGUACUGCCCAGAUUUCGUGUCAUGAUGGAUGUUUAAAUUACUAGCGAGCUUUGACAUGCUUUAAGUGUUGGACGAGCAGUUUUUGCUGCCAUUGGAAAAGUUCAUCAUGUACCCGGUUCACAAGUUUCCAAAAAGGUUACAGGAAACGGGCUACUGCUUGGAAAGAUGCUUUUUUAAGGAACAGUGCGCAGGUCUUUCUCUAGCACCGUGGAGGCAGGAAGCGUAAAACCCGCUAGCACUUUCUGUCAAGAGAUUCCAGAUCAGUAUCCGAUUCUCCCCUGAGCCGUGCUCUGUAUAUUCGAGCUGGAAUGUGCAAAUACUCAAAAUGGGGUGGGCAUGUCUCUUGAUAAUGCAAGGAGCUCUCUUUCUGGCUGCUGACAGUGAGCGCCACGCUCUCCUCAUAGGCCGAGUGCAUCGUGAACCUGUUGAUGGAGAUCCCACCCCCCUCUUAAUUUGGGGGGCUGGCGGCCCAUCACACAAUGCUGCUUCCUGCCUGUUUGGUCCAAGUAUUGCAGAUCACCCACCCAGGAUUCCAGACACUUGCGCAGCAUUAAAUGCAAUUCGUGCUACUGUUUAAUUUGUACUCCACUGAAAACCAGCACAUCUUCUUGUCUAUUUCGAUUGCCUUACCCAGUUUUGUAGGAGCUGCUUCUUUGCCCAUCCUGCAAGGUGACUGGGGGGAGGGGGGGCACUUUCCCCAGCCAUAGCAGGCCGGAAAAUAUGGCAUUUGUGAGAACUGAAGGGGAAGGGCAGGAAGGGAAUUGGCUGCGCAUUUUUGACUCCUUGUGCCUCAGUUGCAAGUUAGCAGUGUAUUUCCGCAUAAUCCUUCAGCACUGUUGAGCCCUGCUUCCCGGUUGUUUUGCAUGCAGUGCUACAGACCAGGGCACUGCAACUGCUUUUGCUUUGCAAUGGCAGGAAGCCGCUGGGCAAAUCUCGAGCUGAAUUUGGUGGCCCCCGCGGAGGAGAAAUGACUGCUACGCAGGGACUGGUAUUCCCAGUUGCACUUCUAAAGGCAGCUACUUCCUCCUCUCCCUUUUGCACGUAGGACGUUUCGGUGGCGUUUCCUUGUCGUGCAGCGUGUGUCCGGAGCCACUGUUCUCUCGUGAAGGGAUGAGACUCGUCCCCGAGGCAUUAAAAUCUGCCAGGCACAGAUCUGGGAGAACCUGGACAAACUUGUGAUGCACCUUUAAGCCAAGCACGUGGGAGCCAUGCUCAGGAGGCCUGCUUCCCCGGCUUCUGCUGCGCUGCUCGUCACAGUAAGUUGUGCUGCUUGUUAGGAAGAACAUGCCCAGAAAUGCUUAUCCUGCAGUGCCAGGCACGUUUAAUUUUAGCAGCAUAGGAAAGUUUUCUUGUUGCCCUUCAGUUCCGGCAGACUUGACUAAAAGCAGGGCUUCUGCAGUGGUCGCCUCGCUCUUUUCACUGACUGCCCUUUCCAGGGGCGAACUCACGAGAGCUGAUUGUAUGGGGCAAGCAUUCCUGCCUGCUUCCCCCCUUUUCCCUUGCUAUGGAGGACGGCCGCCUGCGAUCCUCCCUGACGGACUAGCGGUCCAGCAAGCUUAGCGUAUCCCAGGGCCACGUGGUCCUUUGUUGAACAAGACGAGCAGGUAGAGGUCUUUAAAUCGGCAGGAAGCGUCUUCCUUUCAGCAUGCCAUAGCAAAGACGGCGGUUAUUUAAUCUCCAGAACUUGGCCAGUUUGCCUGGACCAAUGCAUGAAAUGGGUAGCUGGUUUAUCUCCUUCAAUGUAUUGGUGGUAUUUUUCCUUUCCGUUGAAAACAUCAUAAUAAGAAUGGAGUGCCUUGCAAAUCGUUUACAGAUACUGUGCGUUUAUGUAAAGCUCUUACUUGGUUUGUUUUAGUAUUUUUGGUGUUUGUGAAGUCAGUGCCACUGAGCAUAUGCUACUUUUGUAUACGAUGAGCUGACGUGCUUGGUUUGUUCAGUCAUUUGGAGUAGCUAAACCAGUGACCCUUUUGCUACCCGAGAAGCAGCCAGCAACCGUUUUGGGCUCCCUCCCCAUCCCCUUUUUAAAGAAACUUCCUGGCAGACCUCCUCUCUCUCUCUCUCUCUCUCUCUCUCUCGCACAAUCAAUGACUUAACCUAUGCAUUAGGGAAGGCACUCAAAGACUCCAGAAGGCUUCCCAAAGACGGAAGGCAUUUGGCUUCCCCACCUGGUGUAUUUGGGGCCUGAGCUCCAGAUCAAGGUGUGUCCCAGCCUAAAACCUGAAGUGCACACGUGAGCACCUCUGCCCUCCCCCUGUGCCUCCCCCCCUUUCUUUGAGUAGCCCUGUUUUGAAACAUCCUGCCCAGAGGCUCCGACGCUUCUGUUGCCAGUUAGCGGCCCCAUGAGAGUGUCGGUUGAAGUCCUGGAUGAGCCCCUUCUUUCUAAAAUCUGCGGGCGUGGGUAACACUCUGCACGCGGCGUGAUCGGUGCCGCGCCUUAGGGCCCUCGUGCCCACCGCGCCUGCGUAGAAGGGGGAACAAGGCGACCGAAGGCGAGGGAUGCGAGGGCGACCUCUCCCGUCGCGAAGAGGGAAGCGGACGCAGCGCCGCCUGCGUGCAUCUCUGUUGCGCACUCCUCCGUUGGGCCGGGGAGGCGUGGGGGCGUCCCCGAGGGCUGGUGCCACGUCCGGCACGUGGAGGCUCCGGGCAGAGCCCACAGUCGGACGACCCGGCUAUAUCAGCAUGUGAACAAACCAAUGCAGAAGCUGCAGUGAUUUACCGCGUUACUGUCGACCAUGUUCCUGGUACAGCAUUGUUUUCUCAGUUCUGUUUUUUUAAAGAUUUAAAUGCAUAUUAUAUAUAUUUUGUACUGUACAUUCACAGUAGGACAUGCAUAAUGCACUUUUUUUUACUUUUUGUUGGUAAAAGUGUACUGUAUUAUGUGCUUCUUGUGAGGAAACAAUUAAAAGACCCUUUUCCUUUUCUUUACAA